AGCGAGCAGGAAAACAGGGAAACGGGGGAGAAACUCCGCGGAAACUCAACAACCGUCGCAGCGACAAAACUACGCUUUCUAAGUUCGUUUUCCCCCAGAAACGCGAGGACGGAGGCGCGGACUGUUCCCCGAGCCCCGGGGGCCGGCUCGGCCGGAAAAAGUGGACUUUGUUCGGGGGAAACUUGCUCUUGUUUGUGGAUGUUUGGUGGAUGUUUGGUGGAUCAGCUGGAGGAAUGACCAUGAUAAAGCUGCGGCUCCUCCGAGCCUGAGCGUCCAUUUCCCGCGACACCAGGGGAGGAAACGCCGGGGGAAACGGCUCCCCGGGGAUUUAUUCUCCUGAAUAACCGGGCAGACAUGGCGGAGGCCCGGGCGGAGCAGGAGGAGGAGGAGACGCGGAGGAGAGAGUCCGCGGAGACGGUGGUCCGGCGGCCGCCCGGAGGCUGCAGCAGCGCAGCAGGUAAAACACAAACUACCACAGGUCGCCCAGACAGACGCAAGCCCGAGCAUCGACACAGCCACGGCCCUCUCUCCUCCAUCAGAGCCGCCAUCAAGAGAACUUCCUCUCGACCGGCGUCCCUCGGAGAGACACACAGAGACAGAGACAGAGACAGAGACCGGGACAGGAGGCGACCAGAGAUCACCGUGCUGUCAGCAGAACCGCUGGCCUCCACGUCCUGGUUCCCCGGGGCCGCCGGAGGAAUCCCACCCCCCCCUCCUCCCGCUGCAACGAUCUGGGGGGCCACGAUCCCUCCUGACGUCCAGCCGCCGCCGUCCUACGAGGACGUGAUCAGAGAGAAGACCCAGGAGCAAGUUCUCCUCCCUUCAUCCUCCUCCUCAUCCUCAGCUUCCAGGAUAACCAUCGCCACGCAGACCGAGCCGGGACCCGACCCCGGACCCGACCCUGGAACAGACCCCGGACCUGAGCCGGAUCCUCAGGCAUCACAAGUGAGACCGGUGAGACCGCCGCGGCCCCCCCUCCUGUCCACGCCAGAUUCAUCCGGCGCCGUCGGUGCCACCCCCCACCAACCAUCGCCAGGCUGCCCCCUCUCCUCUGAGCUGUGCUCGUCCUCCGUCUCGUCCUCCAUCCCGUCCUCCGUCUCGUCCUCCGCGGCUCAGACGGACCGGUGGGAUCGGUGUCCGGCCGUUGACGAGACCCCGCCCCCGAGGCCCCGCCCCCGCACCAAGCCGGGCCUCCGGCCGCGAAGCAGAGAGGUGAAAGUUCAGACCCUGGUGAAGCUCCGGGAGGACGGCUGGGCCACGCUCGCCGCCGCCCGCUCGGGGGGGGACGGGGACGCCGACGGCGGGCCGAGCCCCAGCCCGGGGAAAUACCUCCAGGAACUGCUGGAGGCCUUCGGCUCCGACGACUGGGGUUUCCCCGAGCAACGGGGCGGCAGCGGCGAGGACAGCCCAUCGGAGAGCGAGGACGAGGACGGGGAGGACAUGGCCGCGCUGAGGGCGAGGAUACGAGCGUUUGAGCAGGCGGAGGGGAGCGGCGGCGGCGGGGGGGACGGGAGGCCCGAGCCUCGGCCGCGCCCUCGUCUCCAGGGGCAACCGGCCAAAUCGGUCCCCCCCGUCACGGCUCCCAAACCCAAGAACUUCCCCCCCGGCCUGAAACCGUCCAGCAAGGUGUUCUGGGAGGACGGGGCGGAGCCGCGCGGCUCCGACGCCACCCAAACGGAGUCCGAGGUUCCCGGACCCGAAGAAGAGACGCCGACGUCUCCGGGUCUGGAACGCCGGUCCCCAAGGACCCUGGAAAAGCCCUCCGUCACCCCCAAACCAAAACCCGUCCCCGAGGACACGGCCUCGGGGGCGCACACCCCCCCCGUUCCAGCCCCGAGGCCGGCUCCACCCAAGGCCACGACCGCCCCCACCGGGGCCCCCGGCGCGGCCCCCGGCCAACCCAACCCCAGACCCCCACCCAGGCCCCUGGUGGCCCCCAGGGCCGGCGUGGGAGCUGCCGCUGAGGUCGCGGGCGGAGCGCCGACGGACCCCCCGCCUGACGGAGAAGACGCCCAAACCGUGAAGGGAAGUUUUCGUCCCAGCGUCCCGAGCAAACCGACAGCACUGACGUCAGCUCGCCGAGCCAGCGCUCCGAUUCUGACCCCCAAACCCAUCACGGUCUCCCAACCGGCCCCAGACCCGAACCCGGCCUCCAACAAACCCCCUGCACCUGCGGUGGCCCCCAAGACCCCGGGCCCAGCCCCGGCCCCCAAGACCCCGGGACCAGCCCCGGCCCCCAAGACCCUGGGACCGGCCAAGCCCCCGUCCCCAGACCCGAACCCGGCCUCCAGCAAACCCUCUGCACCUGCCGCGGCCCCCAAGACCCCGGGACCGGCCAAGCCCCCGUCCCCGGCCCUGAGGAAGAGCCCCAAGACCGGAACGGCGGACGCUGCCACCCCGAACCCGGAACCUCCGCUGCCUCCACGCCCCUCAAGUGUGAAGCUCCUCCCCCUUCGCCCUCCACCAAUCAAAUCCAGCCCCGGGAGGCCGCCCCCUCCAUCCAUGAGCUCCUCGGCCAAUCAGACUGCUGCCGCUCCUCCUAAAGCAGCUCCGGCCCCGCCCACUUCACCUUCCGGACAGUUUUCUUCAUUAUCCUCCUCUUCUUCAUCUCCUUCUCCUGGACCAACCAAUCAGAGCCAGAAGGGAAAGAGGGGGCCGCCCCUGCCGCCCCGCCCCACACCGGGUCACCCCCUCUACAGCAGCUACGUGAAGCAGGAAGUCCUGAUCGUGCUGGACGACCCCCCCACCCCCCUGCUGGACCUGGACCCCCAACCGGAGCCCGUCCAGGACCAGGACGGCCCAUCGAAACCCGCCCUGGGGGGCCUGGACCCGCCGGACUCCCAGUCUAUCUUGCCGGAGCAGCCCGCCGAGCAGAAGGAGCAGCCGGAUCGCCCCCCCGUCAGCGGCCCGCGCUGCGCCGCCCUGUUCGACUACGAGGGCGAGGAGGACGACGAGCUCACCUUCUCCCAGGGCGACGUCAUCGCCCUGCUGGAGCUGCUGGGGGACGAGUGGGGCCGGGGCCGGAUCCACGGCCGGGUGGGGGCCUUCCCGCUGAGCUUCACCCAGGUGCUGGAGCCCCUCCCACAGCCGGGGCCCCUCCCACAGCUGGAGCCCCUCCCACAGCCGGGGCCCCUCCCACAGCCGGAGCCCGCGGAGACGGCCGUGACGGACAGCUCAGCAGGAUCGGCGACGUCCCGGAGCCCGGACCCGCAGCAGCCGGGCCGGGGUGAGUGGGCGCUGGCUCUGUUCCCUUUCCCCGGCCAGACGGCCGACGACCUGAGCUUCCACAAGGGGGCGCUGAUCCGGGUGACGGAGCACGUGGACGCGGAGUGGAGGCGGGGCCGCCUGGAGGGCCGGGAGGGGCUUUACCCAGCAUCCUUCACUCAGCCCUGCCCAGCUCCACCAAUCACAGGCCAGCAGUCCGCGGCCAAGGCUGUGUUCGACUUCGCGGCCGAGAGCGAGGACGAACUCACGCUGAAGGUCGGUGACAUCAUCACACAGGUGGAGCCCGUGGACGAGCAGUGGAUUCUGGGAGUUGUAGGCGGGAAGCGGGGGAUUGUCCCCAGGAACUACGUGGCGCUUGAGUGACGAGGCCUGUGGGCGGGUCCUGGUCCUGGUCCUGGUCCGGGUGGGACGAUGUAAACGGACCGCAGGAACUCGAAACCACAGUUUUGUUUUUUACUUUUUCUUUGAACCGAAUUUGUCGAGGACUGGAAUGAGCCUGACGAGUUCCUGACGAGUUCCUGACGAGUUCCUGACGAGUUCCUGACGAGUUCCUGACGAGUUCCUGACGAGUUCCUGACGAGUUCCUGGAGUUCCUGACGAGUUCCUGACGAGUUCCUGACGAGUUCCUGGAGUUCCUGACGACUUCCUGGAGUUCCUGGAGUUCCUGGAGUUCCUGGAGUUCCUGGCGUUGCAGUGACUGAACCGACUCAGACCUUUUUACCGACGCCCCGCCCACCUGGACUGGACUAACUUCCUUCAACUUUUUAAUAAGUUUAAUAAACAGGACUGUUUUUAAAAGGCCCGUCCAGGUUGGACGUCUGCGGAGACGAUUCUGGACCAGUUUCUCUCCGUUUGCUCCGGUCUUUAAAGAUUCUUCAAACACGAGCUCGGACUUUCAGACGAACUCUCUGAAUCAACGACAGGAAAGUUCUGCUGCUCGUGUUUUCAAGGUCAGCGCCGACGUCUGCUGAGGGACUGGACCUGCUGCUGACGCUCCGCUCCGCCGGACCCGUCAGGUCUAGGACUGUACCUGCUGCUGACGCUCCUCCGUCGCCAUGGAGACCACCUCCGUCGCCAUGGAGACCGCCUCCGCUCCUCUGGACCCGUCCGGUCUCACGAAGGGGCUGCACCUCCGUCAAACAAAUUUCAACUUUUCUCUCAACUUUUCCAUCCAAAUUUCAAGCUUUUUCUCAAAAUUUCAACUUUUUUCUCUAAAUUGCAACUUUUUCUCCACUUUUUUCUCAAAAUUUUGACUUUUCUCUCAACUUUUUCAUCCAAAUUUCAACCUUUUUCUCAAAAUUUCAACUUUUUUCUCUAAAUUGCAACUUUUUAUCGACUUUUUUCUGAAAAUUUUGACUUUUUCAUCCAAAUUUCAACUUUUUUCUCUAAAUUUCAACUUUUCUCUCAACUUUUUCAUCCAAAUUUUUAACCUUUUUCUCAAAAUUUCAACUUUUUUCUCUAAAUUGCAACUUAUUAUCGACUUUUUUGUCAAAAUUUUGACUUUUUCAUCCAAAUUUCAACCUUUUUCUCAAAAUUUCAACUUUUUUCUCUAAAUUGCAACUUUUUCUCCACUUUUUUCUCGGAGUUCUACUUCCCUUCACGCCUUCGUCAUCGAGCGUCUCGGUCGCAGGAGGAGAGAGCGGAGUGGACGUGGCAUCGGAUCAGGGAUCUAUUGAUCCGUCUGACCCGUUGGGAUCUACUGGAGUCCGCCCCAGCUGUUUCCCUUAAAGAGACUUCCACAAACUCAGCUUUUUAAAUCAUUUUAGUUCUCAAAGAUUAGUUUGUGUUUUAAUCUCCUGAUUCCAAAAGGAUUUAUGGAUUCUGUUCCAGAAAUCAUUGUGACGUGAAAGGAAACUCGAUAAAACAGUUUUCUAUCACGACUGGAGGAACGAAGCUCCGGCCUGGAGUUCAGCCGGAACACCAACGUUUGAAACAUGGAAAACUGUCGACAAACGGAGGCAUCGGUUGAGCCGGACCAGGAGGACCCGGGAGACCGAUCUUUGAUCGGUGUGGGACGUGUAACCAAACAUUCUUAAUCCAAAUAAAGCUCAUCUUAAUGAUUCCUGCUCUCGGGACUUCAUUUCUUUUUAGAAUCCUGGCACACAUGGACCACCGGUAUGUUCUACCAGUUAUCUAAGUUUACCACAGAAUUAAAGUUAAAUCUGAUUAAAAUUAGUAAAAAUUACCGUGUAAACACCUAAUUCUGAAUGAAAAUGGCCAUUCCCAAUUAAACUUAAUUCUGAAGUGGCUGGUUUAUUCCCAUUUUAAAUCCGAAUAGAAUAAUUCCGCCAUCAUGUUUACACUCGUGUGAGGCUUUUAAUGUACCAGCUUUUUGUCAAAUCUGUGUGCAAUAAUUCAAUAUUAAUUUGGAUUUUUUUUUAAAUCUUGAUUUUUGAUUUUCAUAUUUUUUUUAAUUUUUCUAAUUAAAGAUUUAAAAGAUUUUUAAUAACUGAACCAUCACCCUCUUUGUUGCACAACACACCAGUCUUUUUUUUCCAUUAA